AUGAGGAACCUGCCGAUCCUCCUCCUCUCCCUCUGCUGGAGCCUGGGGCGGGUGAAAGGUGUCCAUCCAGAAUGCGGAUUUCAGCUGGAGAUUCAUAAGGAGGAAACAAGGUGCAUGGAACUUCUAAAGAAUGCAAAGCCAAUGGACUACAAAGGAUGUGUUGGAGUUUGGGAUAACAUCACCUGUUGGCGUCCUGCAAAGAUUGGAGAGACUGUCACUGUCCCUUGUCCAAAAGUAUUUAGCUUUUUUUCUGGCAAACCAGGAAAUAUCAGCAAAAAUUGUACGAGUAAUGGAUGGUCAGAUAUUUUUCCUGACAUCUUAAGUACUUGUGGAUAUAAUGACUAUGAGGAUGAUUAUAAGGACAACUUCUAUGUAAGGGUGAAGGCAAUUUAUACCCUUGGACACAGCGUAUCUCUGAUUGCUCUUACAACAGGAAGUAUAAUUCUUUGCCUUUUCAGAAAACUUCAUUGUACUCGGAACUACAUCCAUCUGAACCUGUUCCUCUCUUUCAUUCUAAGAGCAAUCUCUGUUUUAGUCAAGGAUGAUAUUCUCUAUUCCAGCUCCAACACAGCUCACUGUCCAGAGGAUCAAACCUCAUGGGUGAGCUGCAAGGCUAUUUUGGUGUUUUUUCAGUAUGGUGUUAUGGCAAACUUUUACUGGCUCUUAGUCGAAGGACUUUACCUCCACAUCCUCCUUGUGUUAAUAUUCUCCCCCAACAGACACUUCACAAUAUACCUUCUGAUUGGAUGGGGAAUUCCUACCAUAUUCAUUAUUACAUGGACAGUGACACGGAUCAUUUUAGAGGACACUGGUUGCUGGGAUACAAAUGAGCAUGGUGGUCCCUGGUGGGUUAUACGAAUACCAAUUUUAAUUUCUAUUAUAGUAAAUUUUAUACUUUUCAUUAGUAUUAUAAGAAUCUUACUGCAGAAGUUAAGAUCUCCAGAUGUUGGAGGAAAUGACCAGUCACAGUACAAGAGACUUGCAAAAUCCACGUUGUUGCUUAUUCCAUUAUUUGGAGUUCACUACACAGUGUUUGCUCUAUUUCCUGACCGCAGUUCCAAUAAUUAUAAAAUAAUCUUUGAGUUGUGUUUGGGAUCUUUUCAGGGGUUGAUUGUUGCAGUCCUGUAUUGUUUUUUGAACAGUGAAGUACAAGGGGAGCUGAAAAGAAAAUGGCGGAGUUUGUGCUGGAAGCAGACAGCGGGCAGAGAUUACAGACUCCACAGCUCUUCGAUUUCUCGAAAUGGAUCAGAAAGCGUUUCUCAGCUCCACCGGGAUUCAAGGGCUCAGUCAUUUAUGCAGACAGAGACCACCAUGAUAUAA